AUGACAAGGCUCGGACCAAAGCCCCUCGCCAAAGCCCGCUUCCACAGCCCUCGCCUCCUGAGCCGUAGGCGGGGCUCCAUCUUUCUCCGCCCCUCUCGCAUUCGCCGCCCGGCGGUAGAGGCGGGAACAAAAAAAGCGUCCCGAAACCCCGCCUCUCUCCGGGCUGCGCCUCGCACUGCGCGCUCCUUGCCCCUUUUGACGUGGCACCGGCUUCCCCCCUCAGCCAUGUUGGUUGCGUCGGCAGCGCUCAGGCCGCUGGGUUCCCGUGUGAGGAGAGGCUGAAGCGAGCGGCGGAGGCGGCUGCUCCACUGGCUGAGCGACGCAGGUGGGUUGAGGCGAAGGGCUGGGCGAAGGGAAGGGCUGCGCCACUUUCCGAGGAGGAGGAGGGGAGGAGGCCGAAGUGGCACAAGAGUCAAGUCCCGCCGGAGAGCCGCUCGCCGACUCGGUGUUGGAAGCGGGCGCAGCGGGAGAGACGCUCCUUCUGACCCCCGGGCGCUUCGGUGCCUGUCGGGGGACACCCCCCAAAAGACCCCCCCCAGCCUCUCCCGUUUACUUGUAGGCUGAGGUAAGUGGUAGCGAGGGGUCAGCGACAGGGUGCUUGUUUUCUCCCAUUCCUCCCCUCCCCAAAGCUAGAAUUGUGAAUAUAAUGUGAUUAUAAAUUUUAUAAUGUGAUUAUAAAAUACAUAUUUUUAUAUAUAACUACCCCCCCAUUUCCCUCUUCCGUUCGCCCCCAGCCCAGGACGAGCGUCCCUCAUACUCCCUCGCCCUCUUCUAUAGGUGAGGGGCUGUACUGUGGACGAAGUGUGUGAGGAAGAGACUGGGAGUGGGUAGGCGGUUGUGGCACACACGGUGGCUGGAGGAUUUGGGAACCAAAGCCUUAUUCUGCCCCUUCAACGACCCCCGCCUCUCUCCUCGGUUUGGGCAGGGUUGGGUAUAAAGGAUAUUGGGAUUUCACAGCUGUACUUUACUGAGGAGAGGAGUCAGUGGCCAGAACUACAGUGGUACCUCGGGUUACAGACCCUUCAGGUUACAGACGCUUCAGGUUACAGACUCCGCUGACCCAGAAAUAGUACCUCGGUUUAAGAACUUUGCUUCAGGAUGAGAACAGAAAUCGCGCAGCGGCAGCGGGAGGCCCCAUUAGCUAAAGUGGUGCUUCAGGUUAAGAACAGUUUCAGGUUGAGAAUGGACAUCCGGAACAAAUUAAAUACUUAACCCAAGGUACCGCUGUAGUACCUUAUGCCCAAGAAAUGCUGUAAGUAGCUGCUUUCCUGUGGGGUUAGGAGACUAAGAGCGCUGCUCUUAAUCAUCUGGAUAGUUUGGAAAUAAAAGAGGGGAUGUGUAAGAAAUGAACCAGGGUGAUGUACACAAAGAUGUAAAGAUGAAGGGGAAAGUAGGGAUCAUAAAGAGGGAGCAGGAAUUGUGCUACAUGACAGUGUAUUUUGGUCCCUAAAUCCAACUGUUUAAAGACAAAAAAACCCACAUCAAACCGAUGAAACAGGUAAACAUUUGCUAAUACAUUGUUGCUUUGGUUCUCCGCUCAAUGGUUUUUCUUCUUUUAGAAUGUCAGGAAUGAAUGGAGUUCCUUUUCAUGCAGCUGACAAAUUGCCUCUGGCCCAGAAAUGUUAAUGCCUCAAAACAUUUGUUAAUGCUUAAGGUGCCAUAGGAUUCUGUUGUCUGAGCAAUGUGUACACUGUGUUCCCACACUGCAGAACUGGCAGUAUUUGGCACAAAUAAUGCAAAUCAAUUAUUUGUAGUAGAGUGAACAGAUCUUAGAAAAAGUAACGCAGUUUCUUUCUAUAAUACAAGAAGCCUCCAUUGAUAAUCUCCCAGGGUUUUCAGAAAAACAAGUUCUCUCUCCCAAGAGCUGUAUUUGUAAUCAUAUGUUUUCCUGGAUUUAAUAUAUCUGUUGCAAUAGCAUUGGAGAUUACCGUAUCUUCCAAGGGAGGUCUGAAUAUAUGUAGUCCUGUACAUUCACUUUUGAAAGUGAUUCACUUCACAGGUAACGAUAUCAUCUGCCAUAAACAGACAUGCAGCAUGAUACUAAACAUACAUUCAGUGCAGCCCAUUUCAGCCUUCUGACAGCUUCUAUUGGUUUGUUUAGAAACUUUAAUUUAAAAGUUUUAUAAAUGUGGGGUAUUUAUUCUAUAUUCCACCUUUCUCCCAGUGAAGAUCCCAAUGCAUCUUACAACACAAAUUAAAAACACAAAUUAAAAAUAAAUAUUAAAGUCAGCCAAGCAAGUAGCCCUAUGUAAGCAGCACUGAAAAUGCUUAAAACCAUUUAAAAGCACAAAGAAUUACCGCAUCCACUCUCGGGAGACCCUUUCAGAACAGCUAGUUGAUGGCCAAAGGCCUGCUGGAACAAAAAAGUGCUUUCCUGCUGGUGAAAGAAAAGCAAGAGGAAGGUCAGUGUAGCCUUCCACAAGGUGGGAGCAGCUACUGACAAGACCCUCUCUCAUGUCCUCAACCAAGGUAAUUAUGAAGGUGGUGGAGCCAAGAUAAAGGCCUCCUCAGAAGAUGUCAAGGCCCAUAAAGGGAGAUACAAUUAUUCAGCUAGACUGGAUCCAAACCAUAUAGGGCUAUGUCAGUCAAAACCAGCAAACUCUGUACACACCAAAAGGUUUUCCUGAAUGUUAAGUAUGGAGAUUUUGUUUAAGUUCAGGGCAUUAAUUUUACAAGUUCUAUUUUAGGGAGCUAGUAAUCUCAGUUGAACAAAGAGGUAGGUAUUUAAAAUCAUGUUGGUGUGUAAGCAUACUUAGGGCUACUAUAUUAAGCUCAUUUACUAAGGAGUGGGUCCCAUUGAACUCAUUGGGAUCUACUUCUGUUUAAACUUGCUUUGGGGUUUUAUGCUGGAUUAUAACUUGUUUUUAGAUAUGCUGUAUAUACUAGAUGUUUGUAUAGGUUUGUAGUACUUUUAUGAUGAGCAUCACAGUUCUGGGCAAACUUACUUGGAAGUAAAUUCCACAAAAAUUGGUACAACUUACAAGAAAAUAGGUUGUGUUGUGCCAAGUUUUUUAGGCUGUAAUUUGUGUUUGGAAGGCAAAAAUAAAGGAAGAUGAUGGGAUAAAUUCCUUUGCCCAGAUCAGGUUUUAUGAGCCAAACUGUAUGCAUAAGCUUCGUAACGUCAGCUAUGAUGUGGUAUUGAGAGGUAAGCAUAUUUUCAUCCAUUGGUCUUUUACUGGUGGAUUAGAACCCACAAACAAUGUAAAAAGGGUUGUACUGGUGACAUUGCUGUCAUUCCCUCCCCCCAUAUUUUAAGAAAAUAAAAUAAGGGAAAAUGGAGAAGGGACCAGUAUAAUAAACGCUUUAAGUUUGUGUCUUGUACUGUAGACAGGGGUUAAAGGUGAGUUUCAGAUCUGAAAAGUCUGAAGACGUCUGUUCUAAUCAACACGUUGUGUGUACCUUGGUCUUUGUAGAAUGUGUAAGCAUGUAAUAAAACAAUGUACAGUGGCUUUAAAAAAAGUGGAAGCAUUUCAUCCUAAGGUCUUUAUCUCACGGAUAGUUAAUGGAUAGUAUUCAGUUAAAUAAUUGUUUGAGGGGAAUGACUUCAGCUUACACAGUGGGACUCCCCCCUCCCCUCUCCUCCCUCGCACACCUCCUAAAUCUGUCCUGAGAGUUCCCCUAAAUCUGUUAUUGGGGGCAGCAAUUGAGAAGGGAAGAGUCAUUCUGCUCACACAGUUACUUAGUUUGCUUGUGCUUGACACAAGCUUGUUUACAUGGAGCUCAGUGAAGCACCCAACCAAACGCCUAUAAUUCUGAAUUGCCAUUGAGAAUAUUCUUAUAGCUGGCUAUAUGCAUGUCUUUGGAAGUGCAGAGUUCAGCUGUAAAUCUGUAUGUAGGGUAGGUAUUGCUUUAGUUCCUUCAUCAUGAUAUUGAUUGCAAAUUUUGGUGGCAAAGAGUACACAUUGUAUGCAAAUACUCAAAAUCAGAGUCCUGACACUCUUUUUCAUUAAAUAAAUUUUUGUUUGGAGGAAAGUGUGAAGAGUAGACAAAUGGUGGGGAGGGGCACAGAGAAUGCUAAACUGUUUUCCUUCUCACUGUUUAUCAUAUUAAAAUUCCCCUCCCCUCAAAGAGGUGUUCCCCCUUGGGAUUUUUCUUUCUGUAAUGGGAAAAGUUACCAUACUUUGGGUCUGCUGUGGGUAUGAGGCAGACAAGGGAAGACCUAAGCACCACCUCUUCCCACCUCUUGCUUGAUUUAUUGCUCUCUGAUUUUUCCACGUUUAGCUAAGUUAUUCAACUUCUUCCCUCCAUGGACCUUUUGAUAACACAGUGUUGUGCUUUUUUGCAUGGGCUUUGGCUGGGGUAAUUCUGUCAAUGACAGCAAUAAAAUAAGAGCUAUUCGUUAAAAGCAGAGUUUCAGGAAGCUGGCUGCUUAUAAUUGCAGGUCAGAGGGCUGCAUUGGUGAGCUCUGCAACUUCAGCAGAGAUUCUGCUCUCUCCUUGCUUCCCCCCAACUUGCAGCAUCACUUUGUGCUGCUUGGCAAGCUGCUGUUGAAACCUGCAAGUUUCAAAAGUUUAUUGAUGCAGACUUGUUCAGUACAGCUGGAUAAUGCAGCUAUUAAGGUAAAGGUAAAGGUACCCCUGCCCGUACUGGCCAGUCUUGCCAGACUCUAGGGUUGUGCGCUCAUCUCACUCUAGAGGCCGGGAGCCAGCGCUGUCCGCAGACACUUCCGGGUCAUGUGGCCAGCGUGACAAGCUGCAUCUGGCGAGCCAGCACAGCACAUGGAAAGCCGUUUACCUUCCCGCUGGUAAGCGGUCCCUAUUUAUCUACUUGCACCCGGAGGUGCUUUCGAACUGCUAGGUUGGCAGGCGCUGGGACUGAACGACGGGAGCGCACCCCGCCGCGGGGAUUCGAACCACCGACCAUGCGAUCGGCAAGUCCUAGGCGCUGAGGUUUUACCCACAGCGCCACCCAUGUCCCUUAAUGCAGCUAUUAGAAACACCUAAAUUGAAGCUUGAGAUUUUUCCCCAGUGUACUGAAGCUACAGCUGCUUCAAUAAGUGGAAGGUAUUUUGUGGGUAAUAUCAUUUUAUGAUUGUGGAAUUCAUUCUGGAGUAGGAUCCUGAGAACAAUCAUUAUUGACCAUGGUUCAAACUUCUUUCAGUAAACUUCUUUCAGAGUUAAUACUAAUCAUGGUUUGUCCAAGUCAAGACAUAAUGAACUACUGUGGUUAGUUGAAAGUGGAGACUAAGGUUUCCACUCUUGCAGCUGCACUGGAAGAGGAGAAGGGAGCCCAUGGUGCACUGUUGCAUGCCAGUGCAGCCAGUAUGAUACAAAUGCAUUGUGCAAUAUAGAUGUGCCCAGGGUAGGUUUUUGUGGUAUUAUCUUCCCAUCUAUGUCACUCCCUCAAUAGUCCACUUGCAACAUUGAUACUUGCCUAUAGUGCUUUUAUUUAUUUAUUGUUUGAUCUGUAGAACCUGCACAGCAGCUUACAAUAAAAUUACACACCUACAAUAAAACCAUAUGUGUACAAUAGAAAGUAUUUUGGCAUUCAGCUUUGGAAUUCUAACAAAGAAAACUUUUGGCUUUACAUAUACAAAGCCACAUGGAACUGUUGACAGGAGUUUGGUAUUAAAAUAACAAAUAUAAAUCAGGCUGUUUAUAAAAUUUCUUACUCACUUUUCACUAUAAGGUCUCAGGGCAGGUUACAACGAUAUAAUAUUUCCCCCCUCAAAAAGUAAAACAAUUAAAAGUGGAAUAGAAAAAUAUAAAUUCAACAAAAGAGGUGGGUCUCACAAAACAAAAUACUGUACCUUAACUGUCAAAGGCCAGGGUAAGGAGUUGUAUCUCCAGCAUACAGUGCAAGCUUCAUAAUGAAGAUGCUACCUAGGUACACCUCUCUGGGGAGGGAUUUUCACAAUUUAGGGGCUGCUGCAGACCCAGGAUACAUGAAGAGUGUUUGGCAUGGAGAGUACAGAUAAAUGGAAUAAUUCCUAGCUUAUGAGCGGAAAGGUUGGAGGAAUUUUACUGAAGACAUGGCUGUCGCUGAGCUUGGUAGCUCUUGAAUAUGUUCACUAUUUUGUCUCCCUCCCCCCUUCUGUAUUGCUCUUCUAGUGUGCAAGUCUGGUUGGCCAUAUUUAAAACAACAAAAGGUUUGUUGGUGUGAUAAUACAGAACUGUUGUAUUAUACUGGAUACUUUCAUUGCAGUUCAAUUUGUCCAAUGUGAGUGGUGUGCCAUGGUGACUGUACUGCUGAGCUGCUGCCAUAUCUGAUGUGUUUACCAAGCUUUGAAUAAUACAGCAACCACAUAUGCUGGUGUGUAUUGCAUAGUACCAGUCUGAACUUGCUAGUUAAAGAACUUAAGAGGUGAAUGAACCCUUCCCCUGUGCACACUGUUUUGAAAUGAAUGGGAGUGUGGUAAUCCUUGUGAUAUUCUUUUGGAUAACACUUCUCAAAUCAAAGUUACUUUGCAGGUCAGUGUACUUUCAAGCUGACACUUUAUAUUGCUGCAAGGUUACAGCUUCUUGAGAGAUGGAUGUAUGUUAUCUCUUUUUUUAUAUGUGCACUGUAGACUGUCCACUAUCCAAAUGCAACAGAGGCUCCUAGUUAUUUUUUGUUUUCCCGCAUGUAGCUCUAUGAAAAAUGUGUGUGUUUCGAGAUGGCUAGUAAUGCAGGUAACUUGGAGGUGCUCCAUAAUGCCCAUUCAGAUGAAACAAGGCUUGGUUUCUAAUUCAUUCUCCAAAGCUUGCAUGUAUCAAUUAAUGUGUGCUUCUGUUUCAGAAAUAAGAACGCAGUGAUGGCAACCUUCCUCGAGUUCAUCCAGCAGAAUGAAGACAGGGAUGGCGUUCGAUUCAGCUGGAAUGUAUGGCCUUCCAGUCGUCUUGAGGCUACAAGGAUGGUGGUUCCUGUGGCCUCUCUGUUUACACCACUGAAAGAGCGGCCUGACUUGCCUCCUAUUCAGUACGAGCCAGUCCUGUGCAGCAGAACUACCUGCCGAGCUGUUCUAAAUCCAUUAUGGUAAUUUCAGAUAAAGAGUUUUAAACUUUGCAUGGAUAUUAGUACUUUAUUAUUGUUAAAAAAAGUAUUUUAUCUGUUAUAUAUGUUUGGGAGUUUGAAAGACAAAUUUAUUUUCUGACCUUCACUAUAAAAAACCGUUACAAAUAGUUAGUAUAUUGGACAUUAAAAAAAAACACCCUCACAAAUCAAUACAAAAUUAUGCACAGCUCAUAAAAGAGAUUAUCUGAAGUGCAGCUCAUUAUGGGUGAUAUCCAGCUUCAGUCAUGCUUGAAGUAGACCUACUGAAAUCAAUUGAGUUAAAUAACUUCAUUGAUUUCAAUGAGUUUGUUUGGAAUAUGAUUUGGAUACUUUCCAAAGUGCAUUUCUGAAGUUGACAGUAUCUGUGAGCAUGCCUUAUCUACAGAAUUUUUCUUGCUCCAUAAAGUUAUCCAUGACAGCAGUUAGACAAAAAUGGCCAAAAAGUGUAAAUAGUAAAAACAGUUCUUAUUUUGUAGUAUUUUUUUCAAGGGUCUUAAUACCUUAUUCCCACAAGACCUUUUUUAAAGCAAGUCCUGUUGAUUGUAACAGGACUUUAAAAACAUACUUAUAAUGUAUGGUUCUGUACUGAAACUGCUUUCUCGUGGAUAAAUUAACUGAAAUCAUAUUGCCUCAUGUGCACACAGAGCUUCUAUGUGAUGCUUCAUAUGUGCGCUUGCCAUGUACAAAUCUGCAAUAUUUUUUUAAUGUGCUGUGCUGUAUACCAUUAACAGAAAAGGUAUCCCUGAAAUUUCCACAUUUGGUGACAUGCCAAAAACAAUAAAUACCAAAAUAAAGGUAACCCUGGUGCCACUUUGCUUCUGCAAUAUUAUCAGCCACUCACUGCUUAACUAACAUGCAGUCACACGGCUAACCAGAUUAUUUAAUAUAAUUGUUCUGCCUUUUGUUAUGGUGCAUGGCAUGACACAACUCUAAUUUUAUUUAUUUCCCUGAAUAUUUAUACUUUCCCCAGCAAGUGUAAAGUAAUUUACAAUAAUUGUAAGAAAACACACUAAAAUGAUAAAUUUAACAGUAAUCAAAUAAAAAGCAGUACCAAACACAACUUACAGUAUCAGGAAGGAGAUAAGAUAAAGCAAAAAUAUUCCAAAGGGUUAGAGAAGAAAAGUUUUGAUAACUAGCUUUGAUCAGAAUAAAUGAUGAGACUAAAGUUUGUGGGUUGACCAUUGACCAGCGGUCUCAGUGACCUGACAAUAAAGCUUCUGUCAGAAAAAUGGGGAAAGAUGCAGUUUUAAGCUAUCCUUCCCCUGCCUCUCUAGCCCCCACUACAUCAGGAUCAGAUUUACGGUGUUUGUUGGGAGCUGCUUGGGGGAGGGGAAUGGCCAAAAAUUGCUUCCCUUCACAUUCUUGCUGAGUGACAGUGUUAGAUACUAUGCUGUAUUACCUGUGCUCAUGUUUAAGCAUGAAACCGCAAAGUAUCUGACUUGCAUUCAUAAUUUGUCUAUUAAAACACUUUAAAAUUUAUUUUUGUAGCCAAGUGGAUUACCGAGCAAAACUAUGGGCUUGCAAUUUUUGUUACCAGAGAAAUCAGGUAAGAGAACUUUCAGGUGAAUGCAUUUUAAGAUUGAGAUAUGAGUGGUAGUAAUAUUAACAUGUAAAGGGUGGGGGUGGGGUGGAAUAGACUAGUAUAGGUAAACCCUUUCCAGUUUGUUGCUCUACAGAUAUUUUGGACUUCAACUCUCAACAGCCCCACAUAUUGUGGCCAUAUGUCAGGGAUAUUGAGAGUUAUAUUCUAAAGCAGUUGGAAGGCACCAGGUUAGGAAAGGCUGACUGGUAUAGAAAUGUAUGCUUCAAAGUGUUUUUUCUUUGAAUUUUUCAUUUGAUUGGAUCCCUUUUCUUCUGCAGUUUCCUCCUACAUAUGCAGGCAUAUCUGAGAUGAACCAGCCUGCAGAACUCUUACCUCAGUUUUCUAGCAUUGAAUAUGUAGUACAGGUAAAUACCUUGAUUAAAAUCUUUGGGAUUCUUGGGUCAGAAAAGUUGCCACUGUGAUGGUCUCCAAUAUGUGGAGUUUGGACAAGGACUCAGCUAUAUAGUGGCAAAUUAAACGUUUUAGAUGUGUUGUAAAGUGCAAUAUACAAAUGUGACACCAGAUGGCGACAGUGAGUUCAAUAUAUUUUUAAAACCGUUUUUUAAAAAAGCGUUUUCACAGCAUUUUUUAUAUGUGUGUAGAUUCUACCUCAGAGUCCACUGUAGUCAUACUUUCCUGAACAAUUAGUGUAGCCUAAAACCUAUGUAACUCAGAAGUAGAAGGAGCAUGGGUAGUUCAGGGGUGACAUCCUAAAUAUGUUUCGGCCACCAUGGAGCCGGUAACACAGGUGUUCUUCAGCUUAUACAUUUGUUUCAACUGAACUGAGUGUUAAGCAACACAGUCGUACCUUGGUUCUGGAACGCCUUGCGACUCAAACGUUUUGGCUCCUGAAUGCUACAAGCCCGGAAGUGAGUGUUCCAGUUUGCAAAGCCGAACGUCCAACGCGGCGUCUGCAGGUUUCGAUUGGCUGCAGGAAGCUUCUAUAGUCAAUCUAAAGCCGUGCCUUGGUUUUCAACCGUUUUUGGAAGUCGAACGGACUUCUGGAACGGAUUCCAUUUGAGAACCAAUGUAUGACUGUAUAGCAAAACAGAUUUAAAUAACACAGGAAUCUGCUACACGUAUGUCUGCCCAAGUCAGUGCAUGCCACUUUGCAUAGUGUUAGAGAGAUUCAUGUGUUUUUAUAUAGGACUGUAAAACGGAUACAACCAUGUUGAAGCCGAUUUUGCAUGAGUAUUCCCAAGAAAGCAUUUGAUCAGGUAUAGUUUGGGGAUAGUUACAACAAGGCUGUUUCUGACUUUUUGCAGUAUCGUUAAUGCUGCAAUCUUGUUCACUUUUUCUUAAAGCGUGGACCUCAGAUGCCUUUGAUAUUUCUUUAUGUUGUUGACACGUGUAUGGAAGAUGAAGACUUGCAAGCUUUGAAGGAAUCCAUGCAAAUGUCGUUAAGUCUCCUACCUCCAACUGCUUUGGUUGGACUUAUUACUUUUGGGAGAAUGGUGCAAGUUCAUGAGCUUGGCUGUGAGGGGAUUUACAAAAGUUAUGUUUUCAGAGGCACAAAGGAUCUGACUGCAAAACAGCUUCAGGUAAAUAUAAAAUUAAUAUUAAGAAUGGUAUUUCCAGUUUUGGAGCUGCUCUGUCUUUGAAGAUGGAAGUAAAAAAAUCUGUACCUUACUGAACAGUUAAGGAAUUAAGCAAACAUUUUCAAUGUGUAAGAUGAAAAAACCAACAUUAUAAAGAUGUUUCUAAACUUUUUAUAAAAGUAAGAGAUUUUUUAAUUAAAAAGACUCGGUGUAAACGAAUAAGAAAUAUUCCUUAAUUUUCUUUAAAACGUUGUUGCUGUUUAUAUGCUGAAUAUGUAACUAUAUUCAACUUUAUUAUGUUAAAUAUACUCACAGGAAAUGUUAGGACUUACAAAAAUGAAUGUUGCACAAGUGGGUCGUGGCCCUCAAGCUCAGCAGCCACCACCAUCAAACAGGUAUUUGUUUUUAUUAAGAAGAAAAAUGUACCAAAUUGUUUUACAGUAAGCCCUGCUUUGUAAUUUUGCAGUAUGAGUCAUUGGAGGAAAGGUGGGUUAUAAGCAUAAUAAUAAAUAGAUGAAUAAAAAAUGUUAAAAUGCCAGAUAUUGAAGUCAAUCCCUGUUCCCGACUCUCUUUCUUCCAAGCAAGUGUACUCAAGAUGCAAACCUUAAAGGUAAAGGUAAAGGUACCCCUGCCCGUACGGGCCAGUCUUGACAGACUCUAGGGUUGUGCGCCCAUCUCACUCAAGAGGCCGGGGGCCAGCGCUGUCCGGAGACACUUCCGAGUCACGUGGCCAGCGUGACAAGCUGCACCUGGCGAGCCAGCGCAGCACACGGAAACGCCGUUUACCUUCACGCUAGUAAGCGGUCCCUAUUUAUCUACUUGCACCCGGGGGUGCUUUCGAACUGCUAGGUUGGCAGGCGCUGGGACCAAGCAACGGGAGCACACCCCGCCGCGGGGAUUCGAACCACCGACCUUUCGAUCGGCAAGCCCUAGGCGCUGAGGCUUUUACCCACAGUGCCACCCGCGUCCCAUGCAAACCUUAGCUUGUGCCAAAUCCUAUUCAUUCAUUUAUUUACUCAUUUAUAUGCAUGCCACCCAGUAACAAGCUUUCUGGUGACUCACAAUGAAAGUAAAUCAGUUGCCAACUUAAGUCAUACUUGGGGUAGAAGCACUGAAAUCAAUGGGCUUAAGUUUGUUAUGAAUAAUAAUAAUAAUAAUAAUGGGUAGUUUCCAACAUAAUAUAAAAACACAGGGAGACAUCAAGCAUGAACUAACUUGUCUAUUGAUUUUGGUAGGUCUUUUCCAAGUAUUACUUAGUUGGAUACCACCCAUGUAACAUUAAAUUUAUAACAAAAUUUAAUUUGUAUUUUAAACACUAUAAUUGUAGGUCAAUACUUUGCAAAUAUAUAAAUGGUCUAGAAUCGUUUGAAAGCUUGUGCAAUCAAGGGAAACUUCUUUUUAACUUAAUGUUUUUCUUGUCUCCAGGUUCUUACAGCCGGUCCAGAAAAUUGACAUGAAUCUCACUGAUCUUUUGGAUGAACUGCAACGUGAUCCUUGGCCUGUUCCCCAAGGGAAAAGACCUUUGCGGUCUUCUGGAGUGGCACUUUCCAUAGCUGUAGGACUGCUAGAGGUAACAAGUUCUCAUUUAUGCGCAUCUGGAAGUUCGCUGCCCUUAUCUGGGUUACCUGAAUGAGUUAAAGCAAUGUGAAUUUGAUUUGAAAUUGGGAAAAUGCUGAAGGUUGUUCCCUCCAAUUGCAAACAGACUUUCCUGAAGUUUUUCCGGUUCAGCUGUUUCUUUUUGCAGUUACAGAAAAGUGAGGUACUAUAGUGCAAAUACUAAAUAUACUUAGUUAAAUAGGUCUCAGCAUUAACCUUGUGUCAUAUUCACAGUUCAGCCUAUUUUAGAACUCAAUCAGCAGUUCCGAAUAUCAUCGCAAUAUGUCUUUGAAACACAUCUUUUUGCUUUCUGUCUUAAAAACUUUUAUUAUCCCACAGUGUACUUUUCCUAACACUGGUGCCCGUAUAAUGAUGUUUAUUGGCGGACCGGCUACACAGGGACCUGGGAUGGUGGUAGGAGAUGAACUUAAGGUGCCUAUAAGGUCUUGGCAUGACAUUGAAAAAGACAAUGCCAAAUAUGUAAAAAAGGGUACUAAGGUAAGAACACAAAAGUUUUAAAUUCUGUAAUUAUUUGGAAUAUAUGUGAAGUAAUGUGAGAUCUGUACAUAAUUUAUUCAGUGACUGCAUAUUUUUCUAAAAUUAAAACCCCUCCAAAACAAACUGGUAUAUUUCCAUUAACCUUGGAGGUAUAUUUUGUGUGCUUGCCUUGACAAAGGGUGACAUAAGCAUAAUGGAACAUAUAGGACUGUGGAAGAAAUAGCAUGUAAUUGUAGUGGUUAAGAGCGGUGGACUCAUAAUCUGGUGAACCGGGUUUGAUUCCCCGCUCCUCCACAAGCAGCUGCUGGGUGACCUUGGGCUAGUCACACUUCUUUGAAGUCUCUCAGCCCCACUCACCUCACAGAGUGUUUGUUGUGGGGGAGGAAGGGAAAGGAGAAUGUUAUCCCGCUUUAUCACUACCCGAAGGAGUCUCAAAGCGGCUAUCAAAUCCAAACUCUUCUUCUUCUUCUUCUCCACCCGUCCAAUACUUGAUGUAGCAUCCCUUGAAACUGCUGUGUGAUUAUAUGUCUUCCUUCCCUUCAAAACCACAGUGUAGUGACAGCCAUCAUGCCAUUGGAAUAAAAUUUAAUCCAGAUAAGAUUGGUGAUGGAUGGGAAGCUGAACUAGGAAAAAGUGUUACAUUCUAGAUGAGGUCACAACAUUCCCCCUAAAAUAUCAGAUAUAGGGCUUGGGGCUGCUCCUUGAUGCAGUUCAGCUUCAUCUUGUUCAAACUGCAUCUCUUGUCCGGAAUGCCCCCCCCCCCCCCAGCCCUAAAAUAAAGGUAGCUAUUUUGGCUUAUAUAAAAUCAGAAUAAUUAUGAAUUAAAACAUAUUUCUGUUUUAAAUACUGAUCUAGUCUUGUAUAGCAUCUGAGAAGAAUAUAAUUUGGCAAAUACACUUCAACUUCAGAAGAAUAUUUGAAGCUUUAAUGUAAAAUGUGGAAAGUUUGACCUGCAUUGUUUAGUAAAAGUUAUGUUUACAUUUGUGUCUCUAGCAUUUUGAAGCUUUGGCAAAUCACGCUGCUACAACCGGUCACGUUAUUGACAUUUACGCAUGUGCACUAGAUCAGACUGGUCUUCUGGAGAUGAAGUGCUGCCCUAACUAUACUGGGUAUGUGUUACAUUUUACAGUAAUGUAAAAGAGGCUAUGUGCAGAAACAGUGUUUUUGUGUAAUUAAGAGAAAAGCUAUAUAUUGGAAGUCAAGUGGACUUGCAUAUGUUUGCUUGAUUGUGUCUGUGUGAGCAAAGUUGUCACUACAAUUAAUCUUUUUCAAUCAUGAAAAUAUAGAUUAAAAUGAGUUUUCACGUUAGAAAGCAAUACUCUUUGACUAGUACUCUUAAUUGCAAUAUAUUCCUUUCUCCUGUUUAAAUAUUUUGUAUCACGCAGCUAUUAAUACUGAGCAUAAUACUAUUCUGGGGAGUAAUCUUAAAGGAAGAUUUUUCUCUCUACUGAGAAAGUUAAAUGCUGCUGCACAGAAGCACCAUUGUAGGAUGAUAGUGCUGGAAAGUAUCAUCAGAUCAAAUCUAACCUCCUGUCCUUUGUCAAGCACCAAUGUUUUCUUUCUUCUCUUUCCCUAACAUCCAUAAUCUACACCAUGGUGUGCUGCAAGCAUGAAAGGCACACCCUGCAAAAUCAAUGGGUGAUAUCCAAUUAAGUCUUACUUGAAGCAGACCUAUUCAAAUUCUGCCAGCUCUUCUCGGGAGCUACAUCGAUAUGUUUAAAAUGGUCUGUUUGUGAAAUAAAUUGUUUAGGGAUAGCCACUGGGCCCUCAGUGCUGCUUUCCAUGUUUUAUUACUACAUUAUGGCUCUUCAGGGAUGAGCUGUGGGUGGGGUGGGGAAGCUGAUGCAUAUAAACUAAUACUGCAGUGCUUCCAUGAGUGCCUUGUGGUGGUCACUUUUAUACAUGGCAUAUAGAUCUGCAAUAUCACAAUGAAAUAUGGGAUGGCAGGAGUGGAGCAGAAAUCUUCACAGGUAAACUUGUGGUAGCAGCCUAGAGUGUGAUGACUUAGAUCAGUUCCAGAUUCCAUUAUAACUGCUCUUUCGCAUUUUUCAUAUAUUGUUUGACUUAAUUAUUCAUUUUUUCCCCAUGUAGGGGUUACAUGGUAAUGGGAGACUCUUUCAAUACAUCCCUGUUCAAACAAACCUUUCAGCGUGUGUUUACCAAAGAUGCACAGGGGCAAUUCAAGAUGGGAUUUGGAGGUACCUUAGAAAUCAAAGUAAGAUUUGGAAUUUUACUAUAAUUAUUUUUAAAGGCCAUGUGUUGUUGUUCCAUCGCAUUUGUUUACAACUAAUUAAACUAUUGCACUAAGGUAUUAUUAUUGCUAGUAACAAUUAUUCAGUCAGCGUUUUACUUUAAACCUUUAGCGUUGGGGUCGUAGUAUUUUAUUUUACUGUGAAAAUAAACACUGGAAUUUAGUGUGGCUGUGAUCCAGCAUUCAUUGAUUGGCAAAACUGUUAUGAAUUCCUACCCUUGACUUACAAGAUAUGCAACUGGGUAUCUUUCCUGUACCUUUGCAGACACAGCUCACUCUAACAUCUUGCAAUCUGUUGACAUGAUAUUUAGAUUCCACUCACAAUACAUACUGAAUCGUCAACAGAAAUAUUUCUCUUUUGCAUAAAGGUGCAGUUCCUAUAACAUUUCUUCUUGCCAGUAUGGAACGUGGGCAGCAGGGCAUGAGAUCCAGGGGAUGGUAUGGUGAUUUGUCCAUAUCCUGCUGGUCAUAUGAAUAUGCUGCUGAUGAAAAAAAAUAUAUCUGGGAAGGGGCUGUUGCUUAGUGGUAGUGCACAUGGUGUGCACAUGGAAGGUCCUUGACCCAGUAUCUGCUGUCUUCACAAAGGAUGUUGCCGUGAAAAGUCAGACUAGACAAUACUGAGCUGGAUGGCGUUUUUAUAAAUCAACUCCAUAUGUUCACCUGUAUGGAACUAUGGGACUCUAAGGAACUUCGAGGGUACUCUGGGUCAGGUGCCUGUUCUGAGAUAUGAUUCGUCAUCUCUGCCACCAAUGCUUGUUCUAGAUUGGACCUGUAAAGGAGAUGUAAAGUUAAAGUGUAUAGGCUUCUACAAACUAGAGGAAUGAAGUCUCAUAAGUCUUUUUAGUGCAAGGAGUACUUUUAGUUGAUCCAGGCUGCAGUUCUCUACAUACUUACCCACAGUGCAGUCUCAUAGAAACCAUUUUUACUAAAAGAAAAGCUGUCUAGUUUCUGCUCCAUUCUGAAUCAAAUGACUCUUCAGACCUCUGUUAGCACUGCUGUUUACCAGUAAAGGAGAUUUAUAAGCUCAGACUGCCAAGAGGAAAGAUUAUCCUACAUUCUGCAGGAACAAUCAUUUGUUCUUAUUUUAUUUUGCUCUUUAAUCUGUGUAGACUUCAAGAGAAAUAAAGAUAUCUGGAGCUAUUGGACCUUGUGUAUCUCUCAAUUCUAAAGGGCCCUGCGUAUCAGAAAAUGUAAGUUGAUUAACCUAUAAAUCACUUAUACAAUCUGUGCCUUUUUCACUUUUCACACAUAAAACGCUAUGGACAUUAUGUAGUAAAAUCUUGUGUAAAAUCCUAUUAGCAUGUUGUCAUUUUCAAAGGCAUGAUUUUACAAAAGUUUUGACUUUUUGUUCUUCAGGCUGGGUGAGCAGUGAGUUGUUUGACUGUCAGAUGGUUUAAAAUAGUUGAUAGCGUUUUAAUCCAACCCUUACACCUGUUACAUAAAAAUGCAGUAGAUCCAGCUUUUUCUGAUGUGACUAAGCAUUAGUGGGAAUCAUAUUGCAAUUACACUAUACCACUCUGUGUGUGAGUAAUUCAAUGUCACACUAGGGUGAUUGUUCGGACAGGGAAAGCAUUUUGGCUUGCCUGUAGGAACAAUCCCCCUCCUCACCCCCUACAUGCCAUUCUAGGGGUUCUCCCAAUUCCCCUAGAGACAAUUUCGUGUUUACGCAGGGUGAUGUGAAGGAAAAGCCCUAUUGUACAAGGAGAAGUCCUUGUGCAGGGCUUCCACUGACAGGACUCAUUAGCAGAAUCCUUCCGUGUGUGUGUGUGUGUGUGUGUGUGUGUGUGUGUGUGUGUGUUUAUUUCACUAGCCACUCAGUUUCCAAAGUAGUGAAUAUAUUGUUGAGGAGUAGAAAGCUCUAGGUAGCGAUAAGCACCUUACAUAUAGGCUUAUUUAUUCAUGUAUUGUACCUCUUGUGGUGCCUCCUGGGUUCAACAGUGCUCACUAUAUAUGUGUGUGUAUAUAUAUAUAUAUAUAUAUAUAUAUAUAUAUAUAUAUACACACACACACAAAUAAACUUCACUAUUUAUCCUACUAAUCCUGUUGUUCUUUGGAUGUGUACCAUUAAUGUCUUGCUUAGUGCCAGUAUAGUGGCUCAUUGUUUCGUUUGGCUUUCUCCACUAGCAUAAGGUGGCAUUAUUUCCUUCACGCAGCCAAAGUAUACUCGAGUCUGUGGAAAUUCAUGUUACAGUAAAAUGUUAACAACAUGUUAAGUGUUAUCUUAGUAGAGGGGAGAAGUGAAGCAUUUAUAACAAAGAUAUAAUUUUGCUGUAUCUAAGUAACUGGGAUAGGAACCAUUGAAAACAGCAGUACGUUUUCCCAAAUCCUACAAUUUGCUGUGUAUAGCAAAUGUAACUUUUGCUGAAAAUUAUUUGUAAUAUUUUUGCAGGAGAUAGGAACAGGAGGUACAUGUCAGUGGAAGAUUUGUGGACUUAAUCCUACCACAACCCUAGGAUUGUAUUUUGAGGUGGUUAAUCAGGUAAGAUAAUUUUUUUAGAGUACAUGUGCAUAUUUAAAUAUUUUUACUGAUUGUGUAGGAGGUAGGUGGUUGAAAAAGCACAAUUCCCACUUCCUCCUCCCCAUUUUAAUUGGAGCUUUGGGGAAGUAGCUGAUGUGGUCUACAAAAGUAGUUUCUUUCAAGAAUUAUGUGAUGGGGCCUCCUUGUGUGUUUCAUCACUUGGGGAGGGGGGAAAGCAAAUUAUAUUUUUCCCCAUUUUAAUUAGGAACAUUUUUUGAGACUUGCUGUAGCUUGUAAUACCAUAAGGCGCUAAGCAACAAACCAGGAAGUCCCUGGUUUAGUUCUCACCUGUGUAAUGAACUUGGUGGGCAGCCUUAGUAGUUUGCCUGCCUUCAGCCCACAUCUACAAUAUGAGAGUAGUAAUACUUGUCUACCUUAUAGGGCUGUUUGUAAGAAAUGCUGAGGUUGUGAAGCACUUGGUUGCUCCAAGUAGCUAUGUACAUAUUACAUUGUAUUAUCUUGUCUCAUCUACCGUGCUCCUGUCUUGCCUUCCGAUUUGUACAUCUCCUAUAGUAUUUUCUCUACUUAAAGCACUCUGUUUUGGAAGCUGCUCCAGUGUUGAAUCAAAUUGUAGCUAAAUAUAGGCAGUAAGCUUACUGACUUAAUUUUUUCAUAUUUGUACAGCAUAUUGUACUUAUUAAAGUAGCUUCUGUCAAAUCACCUCUAAUUAUAGAAUUGACAGUGGCAGUGAUGGGAUUCUUAAUGUGGUGAUCAUGCUGCACAACUUUCCUGUGAUUCUGUUCAAUUUAAUCUCUUCACCAUUUACCUUUCGAAAUAGCACAAUGCUCCAAUUCCUCAGGGUGGGCGAGGUGCAAUCCAGUUUGUGACUCAGUACCAGCAUUCGAGUGGACAGAGACGAAUCAGAGUGACCACUGUUGCCAGAAAGUAAGCCUUAAGUUCUGAUGUGCUAUUCUAGAAAUUUGUGUGGUAUACACACUGUUUAACAAACAGUAUUUUGCUUAAAAGGUAGACCUUAUGUAUGUAAGGUCUGACAUUGUAUGUAAUGCUGACUUUACACCAGUGGAAAGCAUAGCAGAGCACCUGAUUUUUGUUAAUCUGCCAACAUUUAUUUAUUCAGAAGAAUCCCAGGGCAGCAGACACAUAAACAAGAAACAAUGAAAACAUCUUAAAUCCAGUACAGAUGAGGUCUGGGAAAGAACUCUCCACUUAAAAGCCUUUUUGGAAAGGGAAGCUUUUCAGUAGGUGCUGAAAAGGCAAACGAGACUGUGCUUGUCUAUUAUUUAAUAGGAGGGAAUUCCAAAGAGUAGGUGCCACAACACUAAAGGCCCCAUUUCUAUAUGGAGAAGUACCUCCUGAUGAGAUAGUAUCUGCAUGAAGCACUCACUGCAGAAUGCGCAGUGAUUGAUUGAGUAUAUGAAGGGUGAGAUAUUAUUUUAGGUAGCUGGAUCCCAAGUUAUAUAGGGGUUUAUAUGGUAGAACCAGCACCUUGAACUUAGCCUGAUUGCAGAUUGGCAGCCAGUGCCAAUUGAACUGGACACCUAAUCAUUGCAGUUUCCUACACCUCCACAAAUGCAUGAUCACAUUAGCAACCAUGGAGGUGGGUUGGGUGUGAUUAUGAUUCAGAGCAUGGUGUGCCGAGAGCUAUAUGAUGCCUUUCCUUCAGGGGAUCAUGAAUUGCUGAUGAUUCUGCAAGGCCUGCUUCUGGCAUAAUGUCUAAAUUGGCUCUAAAGGAAUUGUUGUAUUUGCUACAUAGUGAGCUUCCUGCAUAUUUUAUGUUUCUCUUAAUUGCAUAAGGGAGCUUUGUUUUGAUUUGGAGGAGCAACAUGGAUUGGAGCUGUUCGUUAUUAAACUGAUACGUUUUUGCUUCUCUCUGAUGACCUGUGUGGUAAACAAAUGCUAUUCUUUUGCAGUUGGGCUGAUGCUCAGACACAGAUUCAAAACAUCGCUGCUUCUUUUGACCAGGAGGCGGCUGCCAUUCUUAUGGCCAGGCUGGCAGUGUACAGGGCUGAGACAGAGGAAGGACCCGAUGUUCUUAGGUGGUUGGACAGACAGCUCAUUAGACUGGUAAGGCAUUACAAAUGUUUGAAAAUAUUGAUUCCUCCUCCCAUCUGAGAUUGUAUUUAGGGAGAGAAUAGGACCAGGCCUGGGUCUUGUAUCUGCCUUCUCUGCCCCCAGUGCAAAUAGCAGAUGUAGAGGUCCUGAUCCAGAAUGGGCUACUGCUCCUAUUAUUUACUUUAAAAAACCAACAAACAUUUGUGCAACUGAUGAUUGUGUGAAUGAUGCCACAUCGAGUUUGUUCCUAAGACGGCAAUCUGAUACAUAGUUACAUUUUGAGAAAUGUAUAUUUUGAAUAGUUUUAUGUGCUUCUGGUGCUAGAUGUAAAUUUGGCUGGCUUAUAUACAGUGUAUAAAGUUGCAAAGGAACUUGUUGAAAGAUAUUAGAAGAAUGAGAAAGAAGGCUUUUCACAGUGGAUCUACUUUGUACUAUAAAGUGCUAACAUAAAUAAGCCAAAGGUUUUGCUUGUCUUGCAUUUCAAAGCUUCAUUCCACAAUUUUUAAAGUCAUGUUUUUUCUCAAUAGAUAUACUGCUCAAGUAAAACUUAAUUGUCUGGAAGCCUCAGUUGUAUUCCUCCCUCUUUUGAGAGCCGAAAAAUAAUAUACAAACAUUGAGCUUGUUGCUAACUGUUAAAGUUGAUGUGAAUGUUUCCACAAAAUCUGUGGGUCUUAAACAUUUGGUAUUGAAUGAAGCAUUUUGGUUAGAUUUCUUUCUGGGAUCUAUGUAUGGUAACUAUGUACCGGUACUUGCCACUCUUGAACAGAUUUUUAGAAGCCUCCCCAUGCUACUUCGGUGAAGUUAGGUUGCUUUGUAAUGUAGUGAAAGUAGAAGUAUAUAUUUCUGAAAAUGUCAUGAUAGUAUUUGAAGUGUCACACUGAAAACUUAAAAGGCUUUUUAAAAUUUAUCCAGUGUCAGAAAUUUGGAGAAUAUCACAAGGAUGAUCCAAGUUCCUUCAGAUUUUCAGAAACAUUUUCCCUUUACCCACAGGUGAGUAUGAAUGAAUUGAAAUAGAGAACAUUCUAUAUCCAGUAUGAUGCUGAUAUUCACUUUAUUGUAAGAAGUCCAAGUGUCCUUCAUUAGAUUGCAGUUUUUAAAAAAGUUCUGCUUCAUGCUAGCAUUUUGGGAUUUGUGAAGCAGUACAACAUAAAACCGAAUAGUAUUUCUCAUUCUAAGCCUUUUAACUUUGCCUGUUCUGAAUUUCUUAGACUUUUUAAAAAAUACUGUAUCAUUCUAGUUUUGGGAUCAAAUGUGCCACAAGACUGUCAUAAAUUUAAACACUCAAGAGCAUUUAUAUAAAUAUAAAUAUAUAAAUAUAAACCAUUUAUAUAUAAAUAUAAACAUCUAAGUGUGAUAUUAACUAUAACAUGAUUUUUCAUGUUUAAAAAUUAUGCCUUCACUGAGAAUUUUCCUUUUUCAGUAAAACAACAUAACUGCAAAAAGAUCACCAAGGGCAAUUUUGGUCCACAAUGAAAAAGUAUACAACACCUACAAGAACAGUGUGCGCACUUUUUAAACAUAAAACGGCAUAUUAUACCACUAGCAUACAUACUAGUAUAACAGUUCAGUAAUCAUAAGUUGUCAAUUACAUGCAAUGUCAACAAUUUUCACAGGACUUACAGCCCUAAACACCUCAUUUCACAACUGUAUUAGACUACUGUCCAAUGAACAGACAAAAUUGAAGUACAUUUUUUUCUGUGAUUUUCUAUCAUUUUGUUGGCCACAGAGGUAACACCUGGUCUUUUCCUUGCUAUCAGCAUUGUUACCCUACUAAUUUGGAGGUUGUCUUUCUUUAUGUCCCAGACAAGCUAGAUGAUGUCACUAAACUCAGUGACAUAGACCAGUAUCAAAUCUUUUUGGAAAGAAACAUUGCUACUAUUGAUGCAGCUGGGUUUGUGGACAAGAAACAUUGGGGGAAUUUCUGGUUUGUUUUAUUUUGCAGUUUAUGUUCCAUUUAAGAAGAUCUCCUUUUUUGCAAGUCUUCAACAACAGUCCUGAUGAAAGUUCCUACUAUCGCCAUAAUUUCAUGCGGCAAGAUCUGACUCAGUCCCUUAUAAUGGUUCAGCCAAUUCUAUAUGCCUAUUCUUUCAGUGGACCCCCAGAGGUAUGUUGGCAUGUAUGACCUAGUGUGUAUGAAUAGCUGAAAAAAGAAAACUUGAAAAUGAAGAAGACUCAUUAGUGCAUUGUUGGGAAAAUAAUUUCAAACUAAAUUAACGCUUUAAAUUAAAUGUAAAGCAGUUUUGCACAGGAAAAGUUUGGGAGCAAUUGCUUCCUCGUGUUAUGUGGCUUGCUAAAUGGAACAGAGAAAGCUGAAUUUUAAGAAAUGGAUUUCUCUGUUUUGUAUAUGUAGUUAAGACACUUUUCUCCUUUUAUAUUAGCCUGUUCUUUUAGAUAGCAGCAGUAUUCUGCCUGAUCGCAUUCUUCUCAUGGACACCUUUUUCCAGAUCCUUAUUUAUCAUGGAGAGGUAAGAUCAAGUCACUUUGACUUCCAUAUCCUACUAUUUGGGCAUACUUAUUAAAACUAGUGGCUGUCACCCACACAUGGCAGUAGCUCUGUAUUUCUUGUGCUUUGCCCAGUUUUAGGAGCUGCUUGUCAUGUGGAGUUGCUUCUGGGAAGAGGAGGGCUCAGAAACCUUACUGUUACAUUGCAGAGGCCAUCGCAGAGCCUUUUGGGUAGAGCUCUGUCACGUGUCCAUAUUGGUAGCUUCUCAAGGCCAUCAUGGUACUUGAAUUUUCUAUGAAAGUGCUUAUGUGCAAAAAUCCUUAUAAGUUGAGGCCUUGAAAGCUAAUAUGUUUGCUAUCUGCUGUAUUUACGGAAGUUGCUAUUGUCAGUAAACAUACAUUCUUGUAUUUCAGUUAACAAAUAACACUAAGUAGGCAGUUCUAUGACUACUUACUAUGGCAUACUUCCACUGAGGAUGAUGGCACUAGAUAUCGUGUAUGAUUGCUUUGACAGAGCUGCUGCUUGAAAAAUGAGAAACUAUUGAGCAUUUGUUUUUUAGAACAUAAUGGAAAAUCACAGUUAUUAUUUGCUCUUGGUAAAAAUAUAAUUACAAUAGUGUAAUUCUGGUGAUUAAAUCACUGCUAAAACAUUAAUUAACUGACCUGUUCCCCAAGAUUUCUUCCUGCUUCCUGCUCAAACUAGAUUAUAUAAAACUUGUUUGGAUGAAUAAAACAAUGUGUGUUUAAUGCUCUAUAGACCAUAGCUCAGUGGCGCAAGUCAGGCUACCAGGACAUGCCAGAGUACGAAAACUUCCGCCAUUUGCUCCAGGCUCCAUCAGAUGAUGCACAGGAAAUUCUUCAUUCCAGAUUUCCAAUGCCACGAUACAUAGAUACAGAGCAUGGAGGCAGUCAGGUAAAGCACCGUUGCUUCAGUUUAUGGCAGAAGUUUUCAAUCUUUUGGGGUCCACAGCUCCCUUGACCAACUGUAUUCUUUCUGCAGCACCCUGUGGGGCUCAGGAGCCCAGUUAUGUCACCUCUUGCCUGUAGAGCUGGCAGCCUCUCACCCUUUUUCAAACACCCUUCCUUGUGGAGUGUUCCCUCAGCCUCCUCUCGUCUCUCCUUUGGAAAGCUGCAGCAGCCGCCCCUGGUCUCUGAGCUGCCUCCCCACCCCAAAGAGAGAUGUCUCCUCCCACUGCCCCACAGGGACCUGGGAAGCACCCCCUGGCCAGCCCCAGAGGCAACAUUUGCCUGGGGAGCUUUUAGUCACAGCUACUGCAACAAACAGCUGUGCAAGCCUUUGGGAGACAGAAACAUGAGAGGGCACAAGAGGAAGAGAGGGAAGGGAAGAGGGACAGAGGCCAGUGUUGCCCGCGGCACCCCUGACCAUCAUUCAGGGCACCCCAGGGUGCCAUGGCACACUGGUUGAAAACCACUGGUUUAUGGAAUCAUCUUGCUAAAUGCAAGACAGCCCAAAUCAAUAUUGGACUUGCAUUAAUAAACUUUCAAGUUUCAUGUAGUUGAAAGAGGUAUGAAUUAUGACUCAACUUCUAGCAUACUGACCAUGUGAUGGCUCAUGUGCUGGGCUGAAGAUUUAAGCUGCUUUUAGAUGAUCAUGACUCAUCCCCCCCCCCCAUUUUCUGGUGGGAUUUAGACAAGACAAACAGCAACCCCGUUGCUAUUGUUUGCAUAGGCUCCCAGAACAUAGCUCACCUUCAUUCAGUCUUCUUAAGCCAAACUAUAUGUGGUAGGGCUGUGUACAUUUAUUCCUUGUUGCUGCUCACUUAGCGCUUUUUAAUAUUUCAUACUUAAUAAAAGCUAAAUGCUUAAAAAAAGAGAGAUAUGAUUCUCUGAAUGCAAACUAUAUAACAGGCAACUCAGGGCAGCCUGCAAAUGGCAGGUCACAGGAUGGUCAUUCUUGUUGGAGUGUAAACAUUAUUUAGAAUAACUUUAUUUUCCUUAUUUUUGUUUAAAGGCUCGUUUUCUGCUUUCUAAAGUGAAUCCCUCUCAGACCCACAAUAAUAUGUACGCCUGGGGUCAGGUAAGUUUCAGGUGGAUUAACCAAAAGGCUAAGAUAAUAGAAAUAAUGUUUCCUGCUUUAACUCUCAUAAAACAAUUUGAUAGUUAAUCAAAUAAGGAGCGAUUACCAAUAUUAAAACUUGAAUGUCAUAAACAAUACAGUAUUUUUAGAAGCUGCCAUUCCGAUUAAGGAAAUGCUAUGUUGCUUUUUUGUUGCCCUUAAAAACAAGCAUUUCUUGCAGCCUAGAAACAAUGUGUUUCUCUCCUUCUGGGAGUUCUGAUAUGAUACAAAAUAUUCAAAGGCCUUAAAAAAAAUAAGUAGAGGUGAAGAUUGUUCUCAGUAGAAAAUGUACUAAAGCCAGUUUUGUUGAUGAAACCGAAUAGCGGAGACAGCAUAAAAGCUUAUAUUGUAUGAAAUUCAUUACCAUUGGAUCCUAAAGAAAGGUUAGCAGAUUCAUGGAGGGUCUAGGACUAUGGCUGUAGUUCACAUGCUUAAUAUGCAAAAGGUCGCAGGAAAAUACUUCUGAAACCCUGGAGAAUCACUAUUACUCAUCGUAGACAAUGUAGACUAUACAGUGCAGACAAUAUUGAGGAAGCUGGGCCAAUUACAGUCGUACCUUGGUUUUUGAACAAAAUGCAUUCUGGGAGUCCAUUUGACUCCCCAAACCAUUCGAAAACCAAGGCGUGGCUUCUGAUUGGCUGCAGGAGCAUCCUGCAGCCAAUCAGAAGCCGCGGAAGCCUCACUGGAUGUUCAGCUUCUGAAAAUCGUUCGAAAAAUGGAGCACUCACUUCUGGUUUUCAGUUGAUUGGGAGCCAAAACAUAGGAGUUCCAAGGCAUUCGACAACCAAGGUACGACUGUAUCUGAGUUGCUAUGUGGCAGAUUCCUACAUUCCAGCUAAACUAAUAACACCAGGUUCAGAAGUUGUUUUUCAGUGGGAUAAGGAAGGAUUAACUGGGUUGGGUAAUGAUUACAAGCUAUGAGGAAGGCAGGAGAGCAGAACUGGAGUGAAUCCCCUGUUUUUUCUCUCCUGCCUUGGUGAAGCAGCUCAUUCCUCCUGACUUUCUCUGUUCCUGUCAGUUAACUGUUUUUUCCCUUUCUUUCCUGUGGUUCCUCUGUGUGCAUGUUUACUGCGCUUUGCUUCUCUUGUCAACUUUUCCCUACUUCGUAAAAAAUAAAUAAAAUCCUGUCUUUCUCUUCUUGCUUUUUCUGCUCCUCUUGUGCCUUGAACCUUCUCUGCGUUCUUUCUUAUUUCUUUGUUCCUUUCUGCUGCCUGUCUUCUCUAUAUUUGCUGAGGGGACAGUUGCCAGUUAGGAGAAGCCAUUGAUCGCCCAUUUUUCCUCCUUUCGACUGCCAGUUGCCCCUAUUGGAACAGCUGUUAAUUGUCUAGUAAAGGGAAAUGUGGAGGUAUAUUGGUUACUUAAUUACAGUGAUUAGACUUACUGAUUUUCAUAGUACAUGUUCUCAUGGAAUAUUUUGGCUUUGCUUAAUGAAUUUGACAUAUUUUCUAACACUUUCCCUUUUCUUAUAGGAAUCUGGAGCACCCAUUCUCACAGACGAUGUCAGUUUGCAGGUUUUCAUGGAUCAUUUGAAGAAACUUGCUGUAUCAAGUGCUGCCUAA